AUGGGUGAGUCAGUAGUCUUGGGCAUCAUUUUCAAUCAAGAUUUUCGCCUUCCUCUCCCUUGACCAGACCGCCCUCUCUCUCUCUCUCUCUCUCUCAGAUCAUCAGACUCUCCUCCUCCUUAAUGGCCGCCGACUUGGGUUCGCUUCACCAUUCUUCAACUUGCACUUUUCUCCUUCUUCAUCUUCUCCAAAUCCUCCUCUUCUUCUCCAUCUCUGCUUACUUACUUUCAUCGCUCAAGUCACGUCUCAACCGCUUGCUUCAUCAUAUUCAUAUCGAUGGGGCUUUGCCUGGGAAAGCCUGUCAAACUCGCCCACGCUUCCUCCGGACAAUUCUCCGAUGGUAAGAGAGCGAUUACUCCAGACGGACAGGGCAAUUCCAUGGUGCAGCAGCAGAUUUCGAGCACAAUUUGCACCGCAAUUUUGGCGUCGAAAGGCCUCUCCAGCAACCUCAAAUCGUUCACCUUCAACGACCUCAAGACCGCCACCCGCAACUUCCGUUCCGACAGCCUCCUCGGCGAGGGAGGCUUCGGAUACGUCUAUAAAGGCUGGAUUGACGAGCAGACAUUCGCUCCCAGCCGGCCCGGCACCGGAAUGGUUGUCGCCGUCAAGAAACUCAAGGCCGAGAGCUUCCAAGGCCACCGGGAGUGGAGCGCUGAAGUGAACUGCCUGGGAAUGCUUCACCACGAGAAUCUGGUGAGGCUUAUCGGAUACUGCAGCGAAUCAGAGAGCAAGCUCUUGGUGUACGAGUACAUGCCGAAAGGCAGCCUCGAGAAUCAUCUUUUUAGAAAAGGCGUGCAGCUUAUGGCUUGGCCUACUCGGAUGCGGAUUGCCGUGGAUGUCGCCCGAGGCCUGUCCUACUUGCAUAGUCUCGACGCCAAUGUCAUCUACCGCGACUUGAAGGCAUCCAACGUGCUUCUUGAUUCGGACUUUAAUGCAAAGCUUUCAGAUUUUGGGCUCGCACGGGAGGGUCCCAAAGGCGACAGGACUCAUGUUUCAACUCGUGUUAUAGGGACCAGAGGCUAUGCAGCCCCCGAAUACAUAGCAACAGGUCACCUGACGCCAAGCAGUGAUGUGUACAGCUUUGGCGUGCUCCUACUGGAGCUUGUAUCAGGGAAGCGGGUGGUGGGCGAUGAGUGUGCCGGAGUUGGCGACGAGACGCUGGUGGAGUGGGCGAGGCCUUUUCUGGGGGACAGCCGCAAAGUGAUGAGAAUAAUGGACUCGAGACUGGGGGGGCAGUACUCUAAGAAGGAAGCGCAGGCUGCUGCCGCCAUUGCCCUGCGCUGCCUGCACAAUGACUGCCGCCAUCGCCCGCCUAUGACGGAGGUCCUGGACCAGCUCACUGUAACUUUAAGGAAGCACCGGGACUAGACUAUGAACAACCGAAUAGUUCACUCCUACACCACUACUGGAGUCGAUUUAUUUUGUAUUUAUAAAUAUGUUUUUUUUACAUUUUUUUUACAUUAGAUAUAAACAGUCGUAUCAGUGGUAUAAAAGACAAUAUUUUGUAUUAAAACAUUCUUUUUAGAUGAAUAGAAUAUAUUUAUAUAGAUUA